AUGGGCAUGAUCAGGAUGUACAAAUGGCCUGGUGUAAACAAACAAUUCUUCAUAGCCCUAUUAACUGGGAUGGCUAUAGGCUUCCUUCUAGCUUACACAGCUCCUACUUCUAAAAUUCUUUCUGUCAUCACUGACCCCCACACUAGUAGUGAAAUGGAGUUUAUGUUCGGACCUGUAGUGGACCCUGGAACUCAUGAUGAAAAUGAGGAAUUCCAUGUCAUGGAAGAUUCCACUGUUGCUAAAAAAUUGCAUGAGGAAGGAAUGGGCUGUUGCUCAGACAAUGCCGUCUCCUUCCAUUACGUCAGUCCGAAUCAGAUGUACGUUUUGGAAUACCUCAUUUAUCAUUUGAGGCCUUACGGUAUAUCAUUUCAUGUCGAUAUGCCACCAGAGCUGACUGAUGUGACGUCAGUUAAGAACGAAGUUGAAGAAACUACUUGA